AUGACGUUCCCAGAGGUGAUAGGCUGCAGCGUGCUCUAUAUAAACGCUGGACGAGGCGGCCGCCGCUUUCCCCGGCAGUCAGCGGAUCGGGACACGGAAAGCUGGCAGGCUGAAAGAAGCGUUCAGCUCACCGGACGGACUUUCUGGCUUUUGACCCUUUAGCUGUGGUUACACGGAUUUGCGUGGGACAAUGAGCUCGGUGGCAGUUCUUACCCAGGAAAGCUUUGAUGAACAUCGCAGUGGGCUGGCCCAACCAGCGGUCAGAGUUGCAGCCAUUGGAUCAGAGGAGGAAAAUGAUCCCCCCACUUACAAAGAUGCAUUCCCACCCCUCCCGGAAAAGGCUGUUGGCAGCGAGACCACUUCUGAACCUGCAGGUGCAUGGAGCAAAAUUCGACCGAUCAAGUCUUCCGUUAUCACUCAGGUGUUUCAUGUCCCUCUGGAGGAGCGAAGAUACAAGGACAUGGCUCAGUUUGGGGAGGGUGAGCAGGCCAAAAUUUGCUUAGACAUUAUGCAGAAGACUGGGGCUCAACUGGAGCUUUCUCUGGCAAAAGACCAAGGCUUGUCUAUUAUGGUUUCUGGAAAACUUGAUUCUGUUAUGAAGGCGAGAAAAGAGAUAGUGACCCGGCUGCAGACCCAGGCUUCUGCCUCAGUCGCUAUCCCCAAGGAACACCACCGUUUUGUGAUCGGCAAAAAUGGAGAGAAGUUGCAGGACCUGGAGUUGAAAACCGCUACCAAGAUUCAAAUCCCCCGGCCCGAUGAUGCCAGUAACCAGAUUAAGAUCACUGGCACCAAAGAGGGCAUUGAAAAAGCCCGGCAUGAGAUUUUGCUCAUCUCAGCCGAGCAGGAUAAACGAGCAGUGGAACGAUUAGAGGUUGAGAAGGCCUACCACCCUUUCAUUGCUGGACCCUAUAACAAAACUGUGAAUGAGAUCAUGCAAGAAACGGGCACAAGAAUAAAUAUCCCACCUCCAAGUGUCAACAAGACGGAAAUUGUCUGCACUGGAGAAAAAGAUCAAUUGGCCCAAGCUGUAGCAAAAAUCCGGCAAAUCUAUGAGGAAAAGAAGAAGAAAACCACCAGCAUUGCAGUAGAAGUAAGGAAGUCCCAACACAAGUACGUCAUUGGCCCAAAGGGCAAUAGCCUGCAGGAGAUCUUGGAGCACACUGGGGUGUCUGUGGAGAUACCUCCCAGCGACAGCAACUCUGAAACGGUCAUCUUGCGGGGAGAGCCAGAGAAACUAGGCCAGGCACUGACCGAAGUAUAUGCUAAGGCAAACAGCUUCACACUGACCUCGGUUUCUGCUCCCUCAUGGUUGCAUCGGUUCAUCAUUGGCAAAAAAGGACAGAGUUUGGCAAAGAUCACACAGCAAGUACCAAAGGUGCACAUUGAGUUUACAGAAGGGGAAGACAAGAUUUCCUUGGAAGGGCCCACAGAGGAUGCGACGGUGGCUCAGCAACUGAUGGAAACUCUCGUCAAGGACCUGAUUGCUCGAAUGGACUUUGCAGAAAUAAGCAUUGAACACAGAUUCCACAGGCACCUCAUUGGCAAGAGUGGAACAAACAUUAAUAGGAUAAAAGAGCAAUACAAAGUCUCUGUAAGGAUUCCCCAGGACAGUGAGAAGAGCAAUCAGAUCCGGAUUGAGGGUGACCCCCAAGGUGUACAGCAGGCGAAGAAAGAGUUGUUGGAGCUGGCAUUGCGCAUGGAGAAUGAGCGCACAAAGGACUUAAUUAUUGAGCAAAAGUUCCAUCGAACAAUAAUUGGACAGAAGGGGGAAAGAAUUCGAGAGAUCCGGGAGAAAUUCCCUGAUGUAAUCAUUAAUUUCCCUGAUCCAGCUCACAAGAGUGAUAUUGUGCAGCUGCGUGGCCCUAAGAAUGAAGUGGAGAAGUGCACAAAGUAUCUACAGAAGAUGGUUUCGGAGAUGGUGGAGAACAGCUAUUCCAUCUCUGUGCCAAUCUUCAAGCAAUUCCACAAGAACAUCAUUGGAAAGGGUGGUGCUAAUAUUAAGAAGAUCCGUGAAGAAUGUAACACUAAAAUUGACCUCCCGGCUGAGAACAGUAACUCAGAAAUGAUUGUCAUAACUGGGAAGAAAUCCAACUGUGAGGCUGCACGCGAUAGAAUCCUGGCUAUUCAGAAGGAACUGGCUAAUAUCACAGAACUGGAGGUCAGCAUUCCAUCAAAAUUGCACAAUUCCCUUAUUGGAGCUAAGGGACGCUUUAUACGCUCUAUCAUGGAAGAGUGCGGGGGUGUACAUAUCCACUUCCCAAGUGAGGGCUCUGGCAGUGAUACCGUCACUAUCCGUGGACCAGCACAGGAUGUGGAGAGAGCAAAGAAUCAGCUGCUGCAUCUGGCUGAGGAGAAGCAAACCAAGAGCUUUACAGCUGAGCUGCGAGCGAAGCCAGAAUACCACAAGUUCUUGAUUGGUAAAGGAGGCGGAAACAUCCGUAAGGUGCGCGACCUAACAGGAGCCCGUAUCAUCUUCCCAACUGCUGAGGAUAAAGACCAGCAGCUGAUCACCAUUGUGGGUACUGAUGAGGCUGUGAAGGAUGCUCAGAAGGAACUGGAAAUCCUCAUCAAAAGCUUGGAUAAUAUAGUUGAGGACUCGAUGUCUGUUGACCCUAAACACCACCGUCACUUUGUGAUCCGCCGCGGCCAAGUCCUGCGAGAGAUUGCCGAAGAGUAUGGAGGUGUGACAGUCAGCUUCCCUCGCUCUGGUGUGCAAAGUGAUAAAGUGACAUUAAAGGGUGCAAAGGAGUGUGUGGAGGCUGCUAAGAAACGGAUCCUAGAUAUAAUCGAUGAUUUGGAGGCUCAGGUCACUAUUGAGUGCAUGAUUCCACAACGAUUCCAUCGAUCCAUUAUGGGCCCUAAAGGUUCCCGAAUCCAACAGAUAACAAGAGAGCAUGCUGUGCAGAUCAAGUUCCCUGACCGCGAGGACAACUCUCAGGGAGCACCCAAUCCAGAGUCACCAGCGCAAGAGAAUGGAGAAGAGGGGGCAGAGCCUAAAGUAGCUAUAGAUCCAGGCUCACCUAAAAAGUGUGACAUCAUACUGAUCUCUGGCCGCAAGGAGAGGUGUGAUGGAGCUUAUGAAGCCCUGAAGGCUCUUGUACCGAUCAGCAUUGAGGUGGAUGUCCCAUAUGAUCUUCAUCGUUACAUCAUUGGGCAGAAAGGAGCUGGCAUUCGCAAGAUGAUGGAUGAAUUUGAGGUCAACAUCCAAGUUCCUGCCCCUGAACUGCAGUGUGACAUAAUUACCAUCACUGGGCUUUCUACAAACCUGGAACGGGCCAAAGCCGGACUUCUAGACAGAGUGAAGGAACUUCAGGCUGAACAGGAGGAUAGAGCUCUGCGAAGCUUUAAGCUAGUUAUUGCCGUGGACCCUAAAUUUCACCCUAAAAUCAUUGGUCGCAAGGGUGCAGUCAUCAGCCAGAUCCGUACUGAACAUGAUGUCAACAUUCAGUUCCCAGACAAGAAUGAUGAAAAUCAGGAUCAGAUCACUAUCACAGGCUAUGAGCGAAACACAGAGUCUGCUAAAGAGGCAAUAAUGCACAUAGUUGGAGACCUGGAGCAGAUGGUGUCUGAGGACAUUACCCUAGACCAUCGUGUCCAUGCCCGCAUCAUUGGGGCCAGAGGCAAAGCCAUACGCAAGAUCAUGGAUGAAUUCAAGGUGGAUAUUCGCUUUCCACAGAGUGGAGCUGCUGACCCUAACUGUGUGACUCUGAUGGGCAAACCGGAAGAUGUGGAUGAAGCCAUUGAUCAUUUGCUGAAUUUGGAGGAGGAAUAUAUGUCUGAUGUGGUGGAGAAUGAAGUGAUGCAGACUUACAUGAAGCCACACUCUCAGGACGAGAACAAGCCCCAGCAAUCCAAGGGCUUUGUUGUGCGUGAUGCUCCCUGGACAGCAGGAAGCGGUAAUGAGAAGGCUCCUGACAUGAGCAGCUCUGAGGAUUUUCCUAGCUUUGGGGCUCCAGUGGCCCCCAAAACAUCUCCAUGGGGCCCCAAGAGACAUGGCGGUGGAAAAGGCCUGAUGCCUGCUGACAUGUCUGCUUCCUGUUAACUCCUGUCGCUGGCCCGUCACCCCCUUAUAUCCCUCUUCGCCUCUUUCCUCUGCAUCCCAGGAUCCUGUAUAACCAGCCACUGCUGCAGGGGCUUACCUAGCACUUCUGGCUUUCUGGGUCCUCACACCAAAAGAUCUAAUUGGUAUUUCAAUGAUAGGAUAGGGAGAGCUUGUUCAGGACACCUGGUUUGCCAUAAAGAUGUUUAGUGUCUACACACCUCCAGCUAAACAGUUGCUGCAUCCUCAAGCAUAUAUAUUGCCACUACAGCCCCUUGCUAGAUAUCUUGAAUAUGUGUGGUAUCUGCCUAUUUACCAAGAUGCCUUCCCUAUUGUAAGGGUUCAUGUCUAUAAUCAUAGGAUGGAUUGCAACAGACAAACCCAAACCAUUGGAGAAGUUUCAACCAAUUAUCCUGCUAGUACUGUUGACCAAACUCUUGGGUGUGCAGCCACACUUGGUAGUCUCGCAUGCAGUAUUAUGUGAAAUGCUGUUUUAAACUGUGAGGUUGGGAUGAUUUGAAGAGUUGCUCAGGGCUCCUGGCCACCAUCCUGAUGUCCUAAGUUACCAUGAGUCUUAUUAACGCACCAUUGUCCUGCUGCAGAACAGAAUGUAUUGUGAAGUGCCCUGUAAUCCUUUCACUGCCAGAGCCAUUUGAGGGAGGGAGGGAUGUGCACAAAUGGGGUUGUGGAGGGUGUAAUGACCGCUCCUCCCUCAUCAUCUCAUCCACUUUUACGUCAUUAUGAUUGAUAAUGUUUUAAGCUGUGGAGAAGCCUAGAUAUUCCGCUGAUGGCAUCAGGACUCAAUUUUACCCCGCUGCUGCUGCUGAAGGAAGACAUGCCGUGAGCUGACUGAGAAAUGAAGGAGUCCACCAAAACCUUGAUAGUCCUGUCACAGCCCUUUCUAUUGUCCCCUUACCUCUGAUGCCGGGGGAAAGGGAUCAUAUGUUUUGUCCUGGUUGGGUGGGGGUAACAUUAGUUCCAGGUUUUUUCCAGACCUCUCCUCAGCCCCCUUACCCCUUGGACAUUUCUUCUUACUGUGCCUCAGUAUCAACUUCCUGUACACAAACGUCGGGAAAUAAACAUCCUUUAAAAGCC